CCUCCUCCGCCUCCUCUUUCACCUCGGCAGGGAUACGAUACGACUGAGACGCGGGAGGCUGCAUCCUGAUGCAGGAGAGAACGGCCCGACAGCAUUGGCGCGGCUCGCGUACUUUCCAUUUUUCCCGCGGCACGGGGGCCGGGGCGCGUAGGGGUUGCGUUCCAGCCGCGCGAGCAGGAAUGCCCGAGAUGGCGGCGGCGACACUGGUGCUGGCGCCACUGCAGGACGGAAUCGCCAAGCAGGCGCUGCCAGUUGCCGGCACUCUGACCAUUGGCCGGAAAAGCACUUGUGACCUCGUCGUGCCCGAGGAGCACGCCUACGUGAGCGGUGAGCAUUGCCGCCUGCGCACGGUGGAGGGCUCAGCAGGCGUUGCCUCCGUGGAGGAUCUGAGCGCCAACGGGACGUACGUGAACGACCGCAAGGUCGGCAGAGGCACGCCGGCGGCCAUCCGCGCUGGUGACGAGGUGUCUUUGGCGAAGCCAAGCCGCCGGGGCGGUGCUCUCCGGUUCCGCAUCGAGCGGGGGCCCGCCCACCCGCUCGCCUGCCGCCAGUUCGAGCCCGCGCCUGACGAGACGGCCCCUGCAGCCGCGACCGCGCUGCGGCGCGUGGCGUCGCUAGUGGCGCCAGCAGCGGCGCCAGAGGAGGCGCCCGUGGCAGCAUCGGCGGCGGCUCCCGCGCCCGCGUCGGCAUCGGCGUGGCCGGCGGCGGUGCGGGAGGCUGUGCCCACAGCGGCGCCCAAGGCGGCGCUUGGGUCGGCGGCCGAGGCCGCGCCCGAGGCCGCGCCCGAGGCCGCGCCCGAGGCGGCUGCCGCAGGGACGCCCGCAGCCGCGCCCGAAGGGGCGGCUGCAGUGGCGCCCGCGGACGAGCCCGAGGUGCUGUUCGUGGCGCCCUCGGCACCCGC